AUGUGGGCUAUCAAAAGUAUGUACAGAUUGCAACCACCACAGAUUCACCUGAAGCAGGUUGGUCUACACAACAUUCUGUUUUUUAAACUCCAGCAGUUUUGGGAUAAUGCUGAUAGCUGGUACACUUUGCGAACUUUCUGUGCUUUAACCACAUGCAAUAUUUCCCAAGUUCGAAAUACAUGGCUGAUAAUGAACGUCACAACAGCUGUCAACAGGAGGAGAAGCAAUACGGUUUUUGGAAGAGCAUCUAAUUCACCAUGUGAUAGAUGGCUGAGUGAGAUGGAAGCCAAAAUGAAGCAUCUCAACUUGUCGUUUGCAGCCUGUGGGUUUCUUGGGAUCUACCACUUGGGGGCAGCAACUGCUCUCUGCAGACAUGGUAAGAAGCUACUGAACACUGUGAAGGCCUUUGCCGGAGCUUCUGCAGGCGCUUUGAUUGCCACCCUUCUUUUAACAGUGCCAGAAAAUACAGAGGAGUGUAUAAAAGUUGUGUAUGCAUUUGCAGAAGAAACCAGGAAACAAUAUUUGGGUGCACUAACGCCGGGUUAUGAUUUUAUGACGAAACUUAGGGGCAGCAUUGAUUCAAUUCUCCCUCCCAAUGCUCAUGAGAUAGCACAAGAUCGCCUCUUUAUAUCAGUCACCAGUGCUAAAAAUGGAAAAAAUCAUUUGCUUUCAAAUUUUGCCUCCAGGGAGGAUCUUGUUAAGGCUCUUCUAGCCAGCAGUUUUAUUCCUUUGUAUGCAGGAAUCAGUGCAGUGGAUUAUGAAGGAGAGAAAUGGAUUGAUGGUGGCUUAACCAAUGGUCUCCCCAUCCUGCCAGUGGGCCGAACUGUGACAGUUUCUCCCUUUUGUGGCAGAUUGGAUAUCUGCCCACAAGACAAAGGACGCAUAGAUGUCUAUGUUAAAAUUGCAAAGCAAGAUUUAAUGUUAUCCACAGCCAACCUCAUAAGACUUCAUCAGGCGCUGUUUCCACCAAGCCAGGAGAAAAUGCAAUCACUAUACCAAGAUGGAUAUGAUGAUGCCAUACUGUUUUUACUGAAGGAAAACUGGUUUGAAUAAGAUUAUGUGUGCUGAAAAUUAACAAAGUCUGAUGGCUGUCAGAGCAAAGCUUCCCUACGUGGAGCCCAAGGGAUUGCUGUCACAAUUUCUGUUUAUCUAAAAUGACUGCCAUUGGAAUUGCAUCUGUCGCUGUCAAACAAGUGUUAUAUAUAGGAGUG